CUAUAAUAUUCUCGCGCACAUGUAUGUAGCAAAUGGUAACUACGACUACGCUUACAGCAGGCAUUGAACUUAAAGUUUUCAUUCGUUUACAGGCAUUUCAGAUCAUUUUGAACAUUUUUAAUUUGCAAGCCAUGUGAUGUUAAGUAAUAAUGUCAUCAGAUCAAAGAGGACUACAUGAUGUAUUGGAGGGCCUUUAUGUUGCCCACAAAUGUGAUAUUGACUUAUACUGUUCAGGUCAUUUAAAUCAUAAUCGACUACGAAAGCCAAAAGAGGUGGCGACACAUAAGCCAUGGCAAAGCUACUCCGAAGAUGUAACAUUAUUGCGUCAGCCUAGUAAACUCCCCUCUCCUAGAAGAUCGGCAGAGAAGGAGAAAUACAUGACGCAGGCUUUAUAUGACUUCAGCAUUGGUACAUCGGGCAGCCUUCCCUUGCCUGGUAUAAUAGGCAGCCAGAAAGAAGGCCUUCAGACGGCUUCAUGCGAUAGUGAUAAUAAAGGACAUACAACUAACAGAGAAAAAAACACCGGCAGUAGAUUAAGACCAAAUUCUGUUGCCUCAUACAUAAGCGAUGGUGCGUACAUCGAGGAACUGGAUGUUCCGGAUUUGAUGCUUCCUGUCAGUGGUAUAAAAACUCAUAGAAAAUCACAGUUGACUGAUCUCUCUCUGGUUCAAAAUGAGCGUCGAGAAAAAUAUGAGAAACGGCAGUUUCUAUCAACACAUUUGAGUGCCAUUACGAAGAAGGAUCAGUUUGCGAAAAUGAGAGAAUUCGAUAAUACGGUGCUGAGGAAAGCUGAAACGAGGGAGCAAAGUGUGUUGUCGGGAAAGCAGGCUGUGCAACAUCUAGAAAGAAAACUGCAACAGCGUUUAGAGGAGCUGGGACACAUGAUGAGCUCUCCUAACUUCCAUCGCCUGCAAGUGUACAGCGACAUUUGGGAUGACAUGCUUCAAGAUACUCCAACGUUCUCAAAGAUUUUGAAAGCUAUUAAGGGUGAAUAUGAUAUCUAUAUGGGCUCCUUGCUAGACACUCAACCUCAACAGCAAAGUCAAGUACUGUACAAGCAAGUGCGAGGCUUGGCAGCCAGCGGUACAUCAAUACCGGGACAAGUUAAACAUGAGCAAAACACAGUACAACAGAUAGAAAUGCAAGCUAAACAACUGUUACAAGACAAUCAACGACUUCGGAAUUCUGUUGAAGAUGAAAAAGCAGAUUUUUCAAUGGAACCCUUGCCAGAUGUAAAAGCAGUUGAACAAAGUGAUUUGAACACACGCAGGGACAGUGGGCUAGAGAGCUUCGAACAACAAAUCACAGCUUUACAUAUUGGAAUUCUAGAGCUCGUUGAAGAUAUGAAAGAGGAGAGGCAACAAAUACAGCAAAAUUAUGUGCCGAGUGCAGUGUGCAAACAUCUGGAGCAUGGAGUCAAAGAAAUGGAGAUAGCUGUACUCAAGGUUCUCAGUACAAACGAAUACCUUGAAAAAACUAUUCAGCAACUGGAAAUAGACAUUGAGAAAGUCAUGGAAAAAGCAAGCAUAGAAGAUGCAGAGAGCAGGCAAGUGUGGAAGGCCAUCAAUACUCUGUCAGUGCCUAUGGAGGAAGGGGAUCCACCAACACCCCGAUGACAUGUCAAUGAGUCUACGACUGUAUACAUCUACACGACAUGUUCACAAGUGCUUUAUACAUCUACACAACAUGUUUGCAACUGUUGUAUACUGUACAUCUCGUCAUCUUCAUCAUUGGCAACUUUUUUUCUAUUGAUGAUUGUUCAUCUGUUGUCUCAACUUUGAAUGGUUUCAUCAUUAGUUCUCUUGUUUGUUUAGACCAGUAUAUAAUAAUUUUAUGACAAGACAAACAAUGUUUCCUAAAUAAUAAUAUUACAACAAAUUAUAUUUGGAAUAGUGAGAGUUGCUGUAGUACAUUUCAUACAAUUGUAUUAUGUUACUUAUGAACAAAUAUGGGAUCUAAUACCCUAUUCAGAAUAGCAUCGCAUUGCAAUUGGUUGUUGCACGAUCGGUUGUAGCAAUUGCGACAACCAAUCGCUUUUGUGUGUAAAAGUUCGAAAAUAGUAGCAAUUGUUACCCGUUGUGAUUACCAUAGAAUCCGAUCGCAAAGCAUCACAACAAAUUCCACAGGCACUGGUUGGCCGAUGUCAGUCAUCAGGUCUAGCCACCAUUUUACUGCCGUUUGACCAAGGACUUUUAACUGUUACCAGGAUAGGAAGCUGGCUGGUUUAAGCCAUCUAACUUGAAUUAGCCUUAUGUGCAGUAUUGUUAUGCAAAUGAGCCAGAUAAGCACAAUCUGCACAUGCUCAGAAAAACAAAACUUUCCUUAAUAGUCACACCAUGGCCACACUGCAUAUUGACAUACCCAUGCCAUACCUGUGUCUCAUGUAAUAGUGAAUGUUUGGAUUUAGUUUGUUGUAAUUUAUAUUUUUCAUGUUGUUAACAUGGCAUUGAAUGGUGCUUGGUCAUUUUAUCUUUGGGAUAAUCACUACCGUUGUUUUCCAAAACCAUUGGGUUAAGCUUGGUCUCCACAAAAUCGCUACACCCUAUCGCCGACAGCUUUCGGCAACGCUGAUUGGUCAGUCGGAUCUGUGAGCCUUCCCUAUUACGCUGUGAACAGCUGCGCAGUAUAACGAUUGCAGUAAAGAACCUGUAGUGAUAAUGUAGUGGUUUUAUGGAAUCCAGGCUUUACAGGUUGCCUUUAAAUAGUACUUCACAUAUUCAUGAAAGAAAUUAAUGACGUACAGUAUUAGAUAAGUUGCUUUUUAACAAUAGCACUGUACAGUAUAGUAUAUAUUUAUUAUUCGACAGAAGGCACGUAAUUCUAGAUGUUGUAGAAUAUUUUAAAAAAAGGUUUAGUUGGUUUUUUUUUUCAUGACUAAAUUUAAUGUAGCUUUUUGUAGCAAUUCUUGAUUCUUGUUUGCUUCCUAUAAAUGUUAUAUUUUUUGCAAAGUUUGAAAGUCACACAAAUAUACAAUACAUAGUUCAUAUUUAAUUGUUAUUGAGUAGAUUUGUUAUUGGUUGUAAAAAUAUUCUUGACAAGAAAUUCCUUCUUUCUAAAUAUGUUUGUUAAACAUACAUGUUAUUAAAAGACAAAAGAAA